AAAACCUCAAGAGAAAGAGUGAUGCGCCCGUGCUUCUCCGCGCGUGCUUGUGUAACAUAAAACCGGAUCGCGAUAUAUUCGUUCGAACAUAUACACGGCAGUAACAAACAAGAAAGGAAAGAAAAAAAAAAAAGAAAAAGGUAGAUCGUACACGCACGCACAUACAGUAGUACGAAACCGAAAGAGCGAAAAAAAAAUGGCCAUGGUCCCGACAUGCUCCGUUUUGAUGUUUCGUCCUCUGGUGCACGCUGCGCUCUUGAUGUUCCUCGUCGUUCUUCCGAGCACUUCUAUCGCGGAUAACACGGGCACGACGAAACCGCCCCCGUGCUCAAGUGAGAUAUACUGCCACGGCGAUCUGCUGCACACGGUACAAAUGGCCGGCAUAUACAAGGACUCCAAGUACUUCGUUGAUAUGAAGAUGAAACGGCCGGCAAACGAGACGUUGGCGUCGUUCUGGGCCUUCAUGAAAGGCACGCACAACGCGCCGAACAAGCACCAAGUGGAGAAGUUCGUUAACGACACGUUCGAACAGCCAGGUUACGAGUUCGAGGACUGGGACCCGGCCGACUGGACAGCCACUCCCAAGUUCCUGCAGAACAUCGAGGACGAUGAACUGCGAAAGUUCGGCUCCGAUCUCAAUCAUAUCUGGAAACUGCUGGGCAGAAAGAUGCGGGACGACGUGCGGAUUAACGAGCAGCUCUACUCGAUCAUCUACGUACCGAAUCCGGUGAUCGUGCCCGGUGGACGAUUCCGCGAGUUUUAUUAUUGGGACUCGUACUGGAUCGUCAAAGGCCUGUUGUUAUCCGAAAUGCACGACACCGUCAAGGGCAUGCUGAACAAUUUCGUUAAGAUAGUGGAUAAGAUCGGUUUCAUACCGAAUGGCGGUAGAAUCUACUAUGAGAUGCGCUCGCAUCCGCCACUGUUGAUACCUAUGGUAGACGAAUAUUUGAAGACCACCCACGACGACGCCUGGUUGAAGGAGAAUCUCUGGCUGCUGGAGAAAGAGUUCAACUUCUGGAUGACCAACCGUACCGUGGAUAUUGAAAAAGAUGGGAUCAAUUAUACGCUAGCUAGAUAUUACGAAGAGUCAUCAGGUCCCCGACCAGAGUCCUACAAGGAGGACUAUCUGACGAGCCAAAGUUUUCGAACUGCCGAAGAGAAGGACAAUUAUUAUUCGGAAUUGAAAACGGCGGCCGAGUCCGGAUGGGAUUUUUCCAGUCGAUGGUUCGUACACGAGGGUACCAACAAGGGUAAUCUAACAAAUCUCAAGACUAGAUCUAUAAUUCCGGUCGAUCUGAACACCUUCUUAUAUCGAAACGCUAUACUGCUGGCGCAGUACAAUCGUCAAAUGGGCAAUGAGACAAAGGCCGCACAUUAUGAUGAAUUGGCUAAGAAGUGGAAAGAGGCGAUCGAGAUGGUAUUGUGGCACGAGGAGGUGGGUGUUUGGUUGGACUACGAUAUAUUGAACGACAUCAAGCGAGACUACUUCUAUCCGACUAACAUUUUGCCACUCUGGACGGACUGCUAUGACACUACAAAGAGAACUGAAUACGUGUCGAAGGUGCUUAAGUACCUCGAAAAGAAUCAGAUCAUGUUAAAUCAGGGCGGCAUACCGACGACAUUAGAACAUUCCGGUGAACAAUGGGACUAUCCCAAUGCCUGGCCGCCUCUCCAAUAUUUCUUCAUCAUGUCAUUGAAUAACACAGGCGACGCAUGGGCGCAGAGACUAGCCUACGAGAUUAGCCAGAGAUGGGUCCGUAGCAACUAUAAGGCUUUUAAUGAAACUCACUGCAUGUACGAAAAGUACGACGCGACCGUCUCGGGUGGCCACGGUAGUGGAGGUGAGUACGAAGUACAACUUGGUUUCGGCUGGUCAAAUGGACUCGUUAUGACAUUGUUGGAUAAGUAUGGUGAUAGGUUGACUGCGGAGGAUUACUUUUCGGCAGACGCCGUGGUUGAGAAUGCGGCGUCUGCACCGCCAGUCAUUUCAACAGCUGGUCAAAUGUUAACCGGGCUUCUGGGUAUCAUCAUAUCAUUAGCAGCAGGAUAUAUAGGGCUGGCCGUGUACAAGAGGCGACAUUAUUACACGCCCGGUCCAUCGACGAACAACAGGAACGUGCUGUCGAGCGGUAGCAAUUUGUACCGAAAGCGGAUCGCAUAUACCGAAUUGAAGGAUAUGAACAACGAUUGAUGACCGCUCAUUGUCUAGACCGAAUAUCGACUUGUUACAUGACUAGUGAAAGCAAAAGUACAUGCACACUUAUAGGAGAAAAAAAGAAGAAGAUAAACAGUUGGCAGGAUGCAUCAGGAUGGAGUCGGAACCACGUCAGGAUGAAGAGAAGUUCCGAAACGCUAAUACAGAAGAAUACAUUCACAAGAGAAGAAGAAUCAGCGCAGAAUAUUAAAUGGAGAUGGAAGAGCUACUAGUGAGAGAAUGCAGUUCGAAGAUGGAACGUAGCGUGAAGCUUCGACAAGGUCUUCCAGCUUGCGAAAUCGAAUAACAACAGGAUCGAUGAUUGUGCAGGAUCUCGGAGAGCUGAGGUUUAUUUGAUUCUAGUUCCGUUUGGCUUAAUGCAGAGUUGAAAUAAGAAAGAAGCAGGAGUAGAUUUAUAUGUUUAAUAUAUAUUUAAAAAUCAGGAUAAAGAGAAUGCGUGUGCCUGUGUGUGCGUUGUGUAGGUACGUGAAAUGGCCUACUCUUGCGACUGGAUUUAGUUUUAAUUUAGUGGAAUAUUAGAUAAAAGAGUGUAAUGGAGUUUCGUAAAUUAUUUAUUGAAUUUGCCGAAAGAUACUAUAUAUUGUGCGAAAGCUUCAGUGUCCUUUUGAGCAGGAUUUGUUUGAAGGAAGGAAAACGUACGUUGUUAGCUUCGAUAUUACAUUUGAUAUGCUGUUUACCGGGCUAAUAUUAUUAUCUUUAAAGAUAAUUUUCACGAGCGUGAAAUCGAUACACUAAACGACUAUUUAAGCGUAAAGUCAAAAUCUACGGUGCCAUCCAAAACGAUAACUGUAUGAAAAUCAAUUCUAUAUAAUGUUACGUAUACCGGAGUAAGACUUUCUUUCGCGGCGAUAAGAAAGUGCGUUUUUAUGAGUAUAUCAGCGCUAUAACUCACGGGAAGUAAUUUUAUAAUGAGAUAUGUUAUAAUGACGAAUUGGUUGAUAGAAAGAAAAUUUAGCAAAAACGAAGAUCAACGAACGCUAUUUGCAGAUACGGACUAAAAAUGCGUAUAAACCUGCGAGAUUGACGAGUAUACGAUUUAUAGAGUGCUAUAUCAUAUGUGGCAGGA